AUGGCAGACCAAGUGUAUCCAGAGUCCGCCACGGCGCAAGCACCCUCUGAGGCCCCCCAACCGACGCCGGGAACGCAACAAACCGCAUCGCUCGAUAAAAUCCAGAGUAUGUUGAAGGCCAAAGAUGAUACUUCUAGAUUUGUUGGCUUAGCGCUGUUGAAAAGCGUACUCGACAACUCGGAGGAGCUGCGUAACGAUGCAGACACCGUCUCGGGUCUUUGGGAGUCCAUCUCCCCCAAGUUCCUGGAUCGGUUGCUGAAGACAGGGUCAUCUACGCAAUCCAGUCAGAAGGACGCAAAAAACAUGCUAGACCUUUCAGUAUCGGUGAUUCAUACUUUCGCUUUGCUUCUACCAGACCAGGCGAGAAGAGACAAGAGACUCAAUGGAAGAAUACCCCUACUGGUCUCCUGUUUGUUGCAAAGCUCUGGAGAAACAUCUGAAAUGAUUGUUCAGACGCUCCACAAUCUUGUCGCCUUUCCAGAAGGAGCAAAGGUGUUCCUCGAUAUCGAGGAUGUAACUCCUCUAGUUGAGAUUGCCCCGAACAACCCAUCUGCUCUCGAAAUCUUUUCCUAUGCUUGGAUCAACUGCAUUGGCCUCGCAGAAGAGAGAGUUUUACUGGAGUCAAGGAUAGAUGGGACCAUUCAGGCCCUCGUAUCGACUUUCAUUGGCACGGAUGGUGUCACACUGCUCGAGUUCCUCGGCAAGUUCUUGCGGAAUUCGGAUCCUGAGGCCCUACCUUCAAAUCCAAAGUGGAUAAAGACAUUGGUCGACUUCAUCAAGAGACUUCUCACCAGCCGGCCUACGCCAGAGGCAAGGAAUGCCUACACCGUUGCGGCUGCAUCCUUGCUCGAGGUAUUCCCUUCAGAAGCAUCAAAGCUCCUGUUCAUCAGCGAUGAAAAGGAUGAUAAGCCGUUUUCGUACCUAUUCAUUACCCUUCUCCUUACCGACACCAGAGCGAGUCUUCCCCGCCUCCUGGAGCUUCUCAAUGAUCCUACCUACCCAGCCAUAGCACAGAGGCUGGGCUCGGCCUUUGAUGUCACAACUCACUUCAUUGGCUAUCUGGUGAAAAGCCUCGACGAUGAGAGUUCAUCGCCAGCUUCCCUAGUGAUGCCACCCGACUUCCUGCUGAAGAUUCGCCGAACGAUUUCGGAAGCCCUGUCCCUGGCAAUCGAGUUUCUACGAGACAGGUGGGAUGCGGCCGUGGCAGGUGCUUUUGGUUUACACCCCGACGCACGUUCGAAGGAGACCGACACCUCCAUGGGAAAGAGGAUGACAAUCUCUUGGGAGUCAAAGAAGAGUAACAUCCACGAGGACCCUUUAAUCCUGGCAGCUAUCAAAACCCUAGCUAUCUGGCUUCGCGAGGAUGAUAACGACCUGUUGAGAAAAGAAGCUGCAGGACUAACGGAUAUGCUCCUGGACCUCUACAAGUCGAGUUCUCCAGAAAGUCUCGACUUCCGGUCACCAAUCCUGGUAGGUCUGGAGGGCAUCCUGGUCGAGAAGGCAGGACUGGAAGAGUUUACAACACACAACGGCUGGGAUGUUUUGAACAAAGACCUCGUGGCCAUCCUUCAACACACAUCAACGUCAAGCGAUGAAAGCGAAGCCGCGCGCGGUAUCGAGAUUGUCCGCAUUCUGCUGCCGAUCGUGGAGAGUGAGGAAACCGGCUCAAGGGAAGAAUGGAUGGCCCUCGUGACGACCGUAGCCGCCUGGCACGGCCUCGAAGCCGAAGCCAAGCAGCCCCUGCUCGUCCGAGAGGCUCAGAUCGCGGCUCUCCAGCUCACAACUGCUUUGCUCGUGGGCGCGCCAUACGGUAUGAGCCGGCGCUAUGUACACUCGAUCAGCGCCAUACUCGGCAUAGCUGGGCAGCUCGAGAAGCACGUGGGCAUCGAUGGCCCGCUGAGAGAGUCCUUGGACGAUGUGCUUCAGACACUAGGUAGACUUCGCUAG